AUGGAAUCAAUCGUCUUUGCUGAAAUAUUGCCUAACGUUCGGUCAAUGAACAUGAGCGUUGGGUUACCUACUGAAAAAACAAGAUCGUCUUUCAAGCUUGGAAUAUACCCUUUAAGAAUUACUUUAGAGCAUAAAAAUAAAUCAACUGUACAAUGUCUACAGACAACACUGAACCUUCCACAGACUAUUGAAACUGACGAUAAGCCAAUUAUUACUACUUCACAAGAUAGUUUAGAUAUCAGAUUAAAAUUAAGAAGUUAUGUUCGCAAGAAACCUGCAAAACAACCGAGUGCCAAGGAUAUUCUUCCACCCUUUUCAGCAAGUGAGCUAACAAAGCUCAAAAACAUUCAAUGUGUUUAUUGUAAGAUACCUUUACUUAAAACGAACGCGUUUUCUAAAAUAAUGGAUAUGCCUUCAGAACAUUGGGCGGAACUAAUAGAGUGUUGGAUGUGUCAUCAGGAAGAUUAUCAACAAGCACGAAUGAAUGAUAUAAUUGUUAGAGAACAUAUUGGGUUGGUUGGCAAUACAUAUUUCUUGAUUCAUCCUAAAGAUGUUAAAAAUGAUGCUCUCGAAAUUGAAGAAAGAUUAGCCCAAGUGGAUUGGACCAAAGGUCUUUCUAAAAAAUGGAGGCCUCUAAAUUGUACCAGAUGUUUGUGUCCUAUCGGAGAAGGGUUAUAUCAAAUGACCAAGAAGAUGGAAGGAGAGAGUGACGCGUCAGAAUUAUCUUUACUAGCGAUUAAGCUUAAUAAACAGGCUAUUUUUGUUGAAUUAGAAAGUGAUACUAAUGAAUCAAUUACACGAAGAUAUCCAUUUAGUGCAUUUAUAGCUGCUGACCUCUUUGAGGCUGCAAAAGCGCAUGCUACUUAUCGCUUUAUAAUUGAAGGACAAAAUUCGAAUCAAACUUAUGCCUUGAUUUGGUUGUUUGGCUGGGAUACAAAGGUUAUAACGAAUACUUUGCAAGACGAAAUGCAAUGUUAUAAUAAAUUCUCGCCAAAUGUGGCACAAUAUUGUGACUCUAUUAAAAGCGAUUUAAAACCUUAUAGUGAUUGCACAUCUAAAGAUAAUGACAAAACUCCUAGUCUCCUCGAACAAUGGCAAAAAGAUAAAAAUGUUGAACACCUUGCGUAUCAUAACGAUAUUUGCCUGCAAAUAUUACUAAUGUUGAAAAUAAGCACUAGUUGUUUACCACCUAGUAAAAGGAUUAUGAAUGGUUUUUCCAUUGGAUUUAUUGAUAUAUGUGAAUCUUAA